AUGAGUUUCCGUGGACGAGGCGGUGGAUUUAAUAGAGGUGGUGGUGGCGGUCGAGGAGGUGGAGGCCGUGGCGGCGGUGGUGGCUUUGGAAGAGGCGGUGGAAACGCUUUCAAAAAAUUCGAUGCUGGACCCCCAGAAAAAGUCAUUCCAGUUGGUUACUUCGACUACGUGUGCCAAGAUGAUUUAGUUUGCAAGGUUACAAUUCAGGAUGUUCCAUAUUUCAAUGCACCAAUUUUCUUGGAAAAUAAGGAACAAAUCGGAAAAAUUGACGAAAUUUUCGGCAACUUACGCGACUACUAUGUCACAAUAAAACUCGGUGAAAAUAUGAAAGCUGGUAGUUUUAAGUCACAGCAAAAGUUGUUCAUCGAUCCAGGAAAAUUGUUGCCACUACACAGAUUCUUACCAAAACCCCCAGCACCAAAAGGGCCGAAGAAGAAGGGACCACCUGGAGGAGUCGGAGGUGGUAGGGGAGGUGGCGGCCGAGGUGGUGGCGGUAGAGGAGGCUUUGGUGGCCGAGGAGGUGGCGGCGGUGGUUUCCGAGGACGUGGAGGUGCUGGAGGUGGCGGUGGUCGAGGAGGUGGAGGUGGAUUUGGUCGUGGCGGUGGCGGCGGUGGCUUCAGAGGACGUGGAGGUGGUGGUGGUGGCGGUUUCCAAAAACGAUGGUAAAACGCUCAACCAUCUUUGGACUCAGGAUUUCACAUUUAACAUUUUUUGAGACUUUUUUUAUGGAUACAAACAUUUAACACAACCACUUGAACGAAGCAGAGUCGUUUAAAUUCUUAAGAGAUAUGUAAUUAAGUACAUACAUGAAUUAUUUUUAUGUGAAAAUAAUAAACAUUUUUAAAAGCUAGAUGAA